AUGCUUGCAGGCCAACGCACAUUUCUCCGUCUGCACACACUGCCACUCCACCGUCCUCUGAACUCUACCAGGACAUCACUCGUGCGCCCGCGGCAUGUCAUAACCUCCAGCGCAACACGUAGAUGCCAACACAGGCUCUAUUCAUCCGAGCCGCCAAAAUCCUCAGGAAGACUCUCGGAUGCCUGGACACAGACCCCGACCAAGUGGUAUCCUCUCCCCGUCGCUGUGGGUGCGCUCCUCCUCAUCGUCCUCCAAUAUCGUAGGACCCGGAGGAGCGAGAAGGAGGUGCAGCUGGAUGAGCAGGGGCAGGUCGUGAAAUUAAAGGGCCCUUGGCAGGUCUACGUCCUCGGUGCACUGCCCCUCAACGGCCUCUCCCGGGUCUGGGGCUACCUCAACUCGCUCCAGCUGCCCGUCUGGUUCCGACCCUUCGGCUUUAAGCUUUAUUCCCGUAUAUUCGGCUGCAACCUCGACGAGAUCGACCCGCUCGACCUCACGCAGUACGCCAGCCUCGGCGACUUCUUCUACCGGAAGCUCAAGCCCGGCGUGCGACCCGUCGCAGACAGCGCCCUCGUGAGCCCCGCGGACGGGCGCGUGCUGCACUUCGGCGUCAUUCGCGACGGCCGCGUCGAGCAGAUCAAGGGUGCGACGUACUCGCUCGACGCGCUACUCGGCGUCGACCGCCCUGACUCGCACCCGCCCGCCGCCGUCGAGUUCCAGGCGCGCGACCAGGCGGAGGUGCUCGACCGCACCUUCGCGGACAUCAACGGCAUACAGUACAGCCUGCACGACUUCCUCGGCACGCCGCACCCGCCUCCGACGCACGGCGAGCAGACGGAUGCGUCGGUGAGCUCGGACGCGUCCUUGCAGGACGUCGUUGCGCACGAGGCGGGCGUUGCAGCGGAGAUGGGCGUCCGCCCGUUCCUGGACCGUGCGCAGGGCCGCCCCGCGGGGAGCGUAAAGCCCGGGCACGCGCUGUUCUUCGCGGUGAUCUACCUCGCGCCUGGGGACUACCACCGGUUCCAUAGCCCGACGGCGUGGGUCGUGGAGAAGCGGCGACAUUUCUUAGGAGAUCUCUUCUCGGUGUCGCCGUGGAUGGUGGAAAAGCUGGCGGACGUGUUCGUGCUGAACGAGCGCGUCGCCCUGCUGGGGAGGUGGAAGCAUGGCUUUUUCGGGAUGGUCCCCGUCGGCGCGACGAACGUCGGGAGCAUCAAGAUCAACUUUGACCAGGUGAGUGCUACGGAACGCCCUCCGCACGAAUGUCAGGACGAGCCACCGACCACCAGUGGCACGUUCGAAGAGGCCGUCUACACGUCCGCGUCGCCCGUGCUCCGCGGCCAGCCCCUCGCGAAGGCGCAGGAGAUGGGCGGCUUCUGCUGGGGAUUCGCGGUGAGGGCGGGGCAGAAGAUCAAGGUCGGCGAGAAGAUGGGCGACCUCCACUCGAGUCUUGUCGAGAAGCAGUAG